AUUCAAGGUUAAGAAGCCAUAUAAAUUCCUCCAGCCUCCGGCACAGAACACCAGAUGCCCCGUAAGUGCGAGGAGGCAGCUAUGCGGCUGGCGCUGCUAUGCGCCGCGUGCCUGCUGCCCGGCAGCCCGGCCCUGCCACUCGGCCCGGGCCCGGGAGGCGAGGGCGACCCGCGCUGGCAGCUGGCUCAGGACUAUCUUAAGAGAUUUUAUUCAUCUGACUCAAAAAUUAAGAAUGCCAAUAGUUUAGAAGUCAGACUCAAGCGGAUGGAAGGAUUCUUUCACCUGCCUAUAACUGGAAUAUUAAGCCCCCGUAUUAUAGAGAUCAUGGAGAAGCCCAGAUGUGGAGUACCAGAUGUUGCAGAAUUUUCGCUAUUCCCAAAUCAUCCAAAAUGGACUUCUAAAGUAGUUACCUACAGGAUCAUGUCAUAUACUUCAGACUUACCACAUACCACAGUGAAUCAAUUAGUGGCCAAGGCCUUCAAAAUAUGGAGCGAAGCAAUCCCACUGACGUUUAAGAGAGUUAGAUGGGGAACUGCUGAUAUCAUGAUUGGCUUUGCAAGAAGAGCUCACGGGGACCCGUAUCCCUUUGAUGGGCCAGGAGCCACACUGGCUCACGCCUUUGCACCUGGGCCAGGCCUGGGAGGAGAUGCUCACUUCGAUGAGGAUGAACGCUGGACUGAUGGUAUCGGGAUAGGAGUUAACUUCCUAUAUGUUGCAACACACGAGCUUGGCCAUUCCUUAGGUCUGAGUCAUUCGUCUGAUCCUAAUGCUGUGAUGUAUCCAACCUACAGCAAAGAAGAUUCCAAGAAUUUCAAACUUUCACAGGAUGAUAUCAAUGGAAUUCAGCUAUUAUACGGAAAGAGAAAUGAUUCAAGAAAAAAAUAGAAACUUCAGCAAAACACACCUUCAUUCAUUGGGUUCUAUGUAACCGUUCUCAACCAGAAUUAAUAAGCACUGUUCCUGCCUUCCAUUCAACACUUGCUGCCUCCAACCUUGUAUUGUGAUUGGUUUUUAUGUUUCUCCAUUUGCGGAUAACCUUGUUUACGACAUCAGUAUGUCUUACUCAUCUAUGACUCUCCUCAAGCAAGAUGCACUUGGUGGAUGACAAUAAAUGUUAAACACAGAUAAA